UCCAGAGAAUCUAUGAUGUGUUUGUGUUCAGAAGCUCCUUCCAGUCCCAUGAUCUACCCUGAAGAGUCUGUGGAGGUUGGAGUCAGCAACACCCUCAUCUGUCAUGUGUCUGGUUUCUAUCCUGCUCCUGUUAAAGUCUCCUGGACCAAGAACAACAAGGACGUGACCUCACAGUCCUCCAUCAACGUCCCCUACGUCAACAAAGACGCAACCUUCACCCAGAUAUCCAGACUGGACUUCACCCCACAGCUGGGAGACAUCUACAGCUGUUCAGUGGAACAUCUGGCCCUGACUGAACCCCUGACCAGGAUCUGGGAUGUGGAGGACCAGACCCCCCAGCCUGGUAUUGGACCCUCAGUCUUCUGUGGAGUUGGUCUGACUCUGGGUUUGCUCGGUGUUGCAGCUGGAACCUUCUUCCUGAUCAAAGGAAACGAGUGCAGCUGAUUGGCUGGAGCUGAUGACAUCAUCAGGGUGUGACUAACACCUGGAUCAGUGUGUCUGUACAGAAGAUACUGUUAUGACUGUGGGUCGUA